AUGGACAAGACUGAUAAGGCCAGUGCCCUUUCAGCAAACCAGAGCACGCUAGUGCAGUUCAUGUCGGAUUUUCAGUCAAAACUGUGGUUUACGUAUCGAAAGGAUAUGGCCCGCAUGGAACCAUCUUUCUAUACCUCGGAUGCAGGCUGGGGUUGCAUGAUGCGGACGGGACAGAGCCUGGUAGCGCAAGCGUUUGUUCAUGUUAUUUUAGGCCGCGACUGGCGUGUUAAUGUUCCAUCGCCCGAGGAACACGCCCAAAAGUACCGGACUUUGCUGAGUUGGUUUGCUGACGAGCCAGAGUGGCCCUACAGCAUCCACAACAUUGCAAAAGCAGGACAGGCAUUGGACAAACGAGUAGGCGAGUGGUUUGGACCAUCCACUGCAGCCCAUGCCUUCAAACGCCUCUCGCAGCGGCACCAAGAUUGCCCCCUUACGAUCAUGGUCCCAAUGGACAACUCCAUUCGCACGUCCGAUAUCAUUCAUGCAGCAUUGUCAGCAGACAUGGAUAAAGUCGGAGUCAUGCCUGAACAUCAAGAUUCCAGCGAUUCCGAAAAAUGGAAGCCGGUCUUGUUGUUGAUGCCUGCUCGUUUCGGGCUGGACAAGUUAACGGAAAGAUACAUAGGUAACCUGCGGAAACUGUUCACCUUGCCCCAGUUCCUCGGUAUAGCCGGCGGCAGACCUGGCCGCUCGCUUUACUUUGUUGGAAGCCAAGGCAACGAACUUUUUUAUUUGGAUCCACACACUGUCAAGGCUCGUGCUCUUCACGAUGAGUUAUUAAACUACCCUGCAGCGAGCUACCAUUGCAAUGUGGUUCGAUCGAUGGAUAUUUUGGAGAUGGACCCUUCAAUGAUGCUCGGGUUCCUGAUAGAAUCAGCGAAAGAUUUGGCUAAUCUGUCCUCUCGUCUGAAGAACGACAUGGAGCGAGGAUACCCUCUUCUGACGAUUAUUGAG